AUGAGCAGGGCGCUGCUGAGCGGCAGGAUGCAGCCGGAGAGCCGGAGCGUCUGCGUCUUCCUGCCCAGCCGGGAGCAGCUCAGCCUGACUGUCGGGGUCAAAGCCACUGGACAGGAGCUCUUUCAGCAAGUUUGUGAUUUAGUGAAGAUUAAAGAGCCUCACUUCUUUGGCCUCAGCAUUGUUAAAAAUAAUGAAUAUGUUUUUAUAGACCUGGAGCAGAAGCUUAGCAAAUACUUUUCAAAGGAAUGGAAGAAAGAGACCACCAAAGGAACAGAGAAAUUCAGCCCUCCUUUUGUUGCAUUCUUUAGAGUACAAUACUACGUAGAAAAUGGAAGAGUAAUAAGUGAUAAGGUGGCACGGCAGCUCUACUACUGCCAUCUCAAAGAGCAAGUACUUAUGUCUCGGUGCAACCACAAAGAAGAAAUCUACUUCUUGCUGGCUGCCUACAGCUUACAGGCAGACUUGGGCAACUACAGAGAGAAGGUCCAUUCUGGCAAAUAUUUUGAACCUCAGGCUUAUUUCCCACAAUGGAUAAUUGCGAAGAGGGGGAGCGAUUACAUCUUGAAACAUGCCCCAGAGAUGCACCGAGAACAGCAAGGGCUGAGUGCUAAGGAAGCAGUGCUGAAGUUCAUUAAGGAGUCCUGCCUGCUGGAAGAUGUGCCCGUCCACUUCUACAGGCUGCAGAAGGAUAAGAAGGAGGAUCGCCCGACAGUUAUCCUGGGCCUGACCCUAAGAGGAAUGCACAUCUAUCAGGAGGUGAAUCACGUUCGCCAGCUCCUCUACGACUUUCCCUGGUCACACAUCGGGAAGCUGGCUUUUAUGGGGAAGAAAUUUGAGAUCCAGCCAGAUGGUUUGCCUUCUGCACGGAAACUGGUUUACUACACGGGUUGCCCCUUCAGGUCACGGCACUUGCUGCAGCUCCUCAGCAACAGCCACCGGCUCUUUCUGAAUAUCCAGCCAGUGUUGAAGCAAAUCCAAAAACUGGAGGAGGCUGAAGAGAAGAAGCGCUACCGGGAGUCCUACAUCAGCGACACCCUGGAGAUGGACCUGGACCCGUGCGACAAGAACUCACACGGCAGUGGGAGCAGCGGGGGCAGCCGGCGGGACAACCGUCUCUCGCGCCAGUCCACGGGGAGUCACGGCAGCUCCCACACCUCGGGCAUCGAGGCUGACUCCAGGCAUCGGGUGUCAGUGGAAAUGUCAGUGGAUGAGCCCUUCAGCAUGGACCGGGUGCAUCGGAAAGAGAAAUCCUGCAGCUCAACCAUCAGCUACGGUAGCUCUGGCAUUGACAGCAGCAGCAAAGGGCGGGCUGAAGACGACUCUCAGGAUGAUGAGCUUGAGCUGGCAGUAGAUGAGCCAGAGGAGGUGCCUGUAGAUGAGCCUUUAGAGGGAGAACAGUUAGAGGAGGCCACUGUGGGAGAAUCUGUUGAAUCUCUUCCUCUAGAUGCUGCUAGCUGCCAAGCUAUAAAUCAGGAAUCGCUGUCUGUGGUGCAGGUCACACUAAUAAAAAUGAGAGGCCAAAGUGUGGAAACCCUUCACCAGGUCAGAUCACCCAAAAGCAGGAGCUGCACAGACCAGCACAGCCAGAGUUUGGAUGACAUCCGCCUUUACAAGCACAGGCACCCGCCACUGAGUGCCACGCUGUCUUCAGACACAUCCCACAGCUACACAUUUGGCUGCAGCCUGGAGGAUAAGCUGUCUAUCUAUGGCUGCGUUUAUUCCACAGCAGACUGCAAAACCAAGUCUGCCCUUUAUGGGAAGCGAUCCAUGAACUGCCUCUCCUUGGAUCUUCUGGGAGAGGACCAGCUCCCAGAGGAGUUUGUGGUGUAA